AUGACAAAUGUGCACAGCAUUGAGCAUUCUGAGCAUCUGGGGGAACACUUGGGAGCUCGGUCAGAUAGUAGACCCACUCGCCUGUGGAGAGAGGGGAGUGCGAGGAAUGAGACCGGAGGUGGAAGUGGGUGGAGGUGCACGUGUGACGCUUUCUUGCCCAUUUCCACCUUUCCUGUUAAAGACCUGGUGGUGGUCGAGCAGACGGCUGUGGAGAUCUCACACAAACUGGAGCUGGAGAUGGGAAAGCUGGAAUACUAUGAGACCAAGCUGACGGCGUAUGCAGAAAAGAUAAUAAAGCUGACAGCAGAAAUAGAAAAAAUAGAGAAGAACUCUGAUGCCUACAAUGAUGCCUAUAUGGACGAGAUUAAGGUGGAGAUCAAACAAGUGGAGGCUCUUAUUGAAGAGCUGCAGCUCUCCAUCAGAGGCUCCACCACUGUCUUUGAGUCUCUGCGUGUACAAAUCACAGUCAUGAUGGGGACCCUGAACAGGCUGGAGGUGAUUUACGACAAGAAUGUGGUUCUGGUGACGCGUCGGGAGUACGUUAAGGUGCAGCUGCAACUAGAGGAGUGCGAGAGGCGCCACCAGGAGCUGUUCAACCCCAACAUCGGAGCUCAUCUGGCUACAAAUAUGGAGGUUAAGCCUGUCCCUGACAGAGAAUCAAUGUACUGGUACUCUGGGUACACCAGUGGCUCCAUUGUUGACAUUAGGUUCUACGCUAACUACAAGAACCUCAUUUUGAGAAACCACUUCCAGCAUCACAACUUACACAGCAGCUGGUUUGGCACAGGGAACAAUUCCAUCAUCCGUGACAACACUCUGUAUUAUCAGAUCAACAGCCCGUUUGGGUUGGCCAAACUGAAUUUCACCACCAUGAAAUAUGAGUCCAGGGUGAUUCCGAGGGCUAGCACCAGAUUCUCCUACUCCAACUCCCCCAAUCAGAACUUUGACUUCGCUGCCGAUGAAAGCGACCUGUGGGUGACUUAUGCCACGGACGACUCCAGUGGUCGGAUGGUCAUUGCUAAAAUAAAUGAGCCUUCUUUUGGGGUUGAGGAGGAAUGGCAGACUAGUGUCUAUAAACCGGGAGUGAGCAAUGCCUUCAUGGUGUGUGGCGUUCUGUAUGCAGUCAGAACAGUCGAUAUCCAAACUGAAGAGAUAUUUUACAAGUAUGACACCUACACCAAACAAGAGAGCUAUGUCAGUGUUCCCUUUGAGAGGUUCCAGGAUAAGUUUUCCAACAUGGACUACAAUCCCACUGACCAGAAGCUCUACAUGUACAAUGAUGGCUACUAUGUAAACUACCAUCUGUGGUUCAACUACACUGCUAACGCCACUGUGGAACCACCAUUUCUCCUGUCCUAA